GCACCCGGUGGUUUCUUGGAUAAUAAUUACAGUAAUUUUUUUUUUUCAAAUGAUUUUAGACAUUUACAGCAAUGUUUUUGAACCCGGCCUGGUGGCUGGCCCGUUUUGACCACCGGAGUAGAGAGAAGAAGGGCACCGACAGAGGAGAUGAGGAAGAGAAGAAGGGCACCGACAGAGGAGAUGAGGAAGAGAAGGAGGGCAGCGAUGGAGGAGAUGAUGAGGUAGAUGGUGAAGAUCGGCGGAACAGAAGAAGUGCAGUGAUAGAGGAGAAGAUUGACGGACGAUCGGUGGAAGAGAAAUUGGCGGACGAUCGGCGAAGAGAAGAUCGACGGAGUGGCGGACGAUUGGCAGAAGACCCUUCUGCAGUUCUGUUGGUACUUGGUUCCUCCUAAAUCUGGGUUUUCUGCUCUGCUCACCGGACCUUCGAACCCAAAACCCAUGACUCGAGUGUUUGAAGACAAACACUCAGCCAGUAGGACUGGGAAGAGGCCGGUUCUGAAUCUGGGUUUUGCAAUUUGUUUCCAGACUUUCCAGUUUCCACUGUCCCGAGCUGCUUAAGAUUUUA